UCCACCUCGAUUCGAUGCGUAAUAAUGGGUUCAGCACAGUCGCGACGACGGGGCAACAAGUCGCCGCCCGACUCUGGGACACGACUCCAGAUCCACGCAGACGCCUGCUCGACCCACCUCAACUUUGACUCGACCGAGCAGCAUCUCGCUCGCAUCGCGAGUGAUCCACUUGCUCCUUUACGCGCGCUGUGCAGCCCGACGUCGCCCAAGACGGAGCGCAAGCACCAGGAGCGGACGGGACGGCCGCACCUGUACGGAACGGUCGACGUAAUUGGUCGUCCCGAGCUCGACGCGUUCAUUGCCGCCAUCAACGCGUGUGGCCCGCUGGACAACUUGACCAUCACGCUGAAGAGCAGCAACGAGUUCCCCACGGCGGACGCGAUCACCGCGGCGCUGCUGGACGGUCUGGACGUGCAGCUCCGAAAGCUGACCUUUGUGGCGAGGGCUCUGUCCUUUGCCGACCUGCUCAUGACGGCACAGGCGCUGGUACGCUUCUUCGCCCGCCCGUGCAGCGCGACGCUCGAAGAAGUGACAGUGCACGGCCCCACGACCGGGCGGCCAGCCGAGCGCAACCUCGCCCGCGUGCUCGCCACACUCGACAACAGCUGGACAUCACGCAAGUCGCACGACGGCUUGUUCGAGGUCGGCAUGGACUACACGCGUACCUUGAAGCCCGACUACGACUGGGCCGAGCACAACCGCAAGCACGAGGGGAUGCGGGCCGAGAACUCGCCGUGGAGCAAGUAUGUGCUCGCGAGUUCGGGGCAGCAUGCAGGCCUGCGCGCGUCGGCCGCCCGCGCGCUCGUCACGGCACAGGUGCUGCUCCAUGCGCUGCCUGCCCCGGGCGGAGCUGCAAGCCCGUUCACGUCGCUCCCGGCGGAAAUAAUCCACCGCAUCCUGGGCUUCACUGUCGCCGACACGCUCACCCGCGCCCAGGUGGCCACGGUGCUGCGGUACGCCGAGGACCGGGACGCGUUCACGCGCGUCGUGACCGAGUGGAACAGGCUGGAUCCGAGACAGAGCUGGGACGCCGAGGCCGAGCGGCGCGACAGGCGCAACGAGUGGUGGUUCAACGGCGGGUUUUCAUUGUCGCAUCGCGAGGUGUGCGCCACGCGCCCGCAUAGAGCGGCGUAGGUGAGGGAGAGGAGGGGCGAAUGUUGUACUAUUACUACUACUACUACUACCACGUCAUACGACGCUGUUGUAGCUGUGCCUAUGCCGCUGGUCGGUCGGGUCGAGUCGAGGCGUCGUCCAGGUCUAUCAGAUAGCAUGGGGGUGGGCUAGCGCCUGGGGUGGGCCUGGGUCGGGUCAGCCAGCACCACAGACAGCGCCUAGUGCCGGUCAUGGGCCGCCAGCGUCGGUGGAGAGUCGAGCGGCGACACUCGAAAAGAAAAACCCGAGGAGAGUGGAGAGACACAUUGCCGAGAUUGGGAGCGGCUCACUCCACUAGGGCCGAAUGUACGUGCCCCGACAUCGGACCCCGGCGGGUAUAAGCACCAAGCACCAGAUGCAUGACGACGCCAGCGACGCGGCGUGGAGCGCUGGG